GUAAAAAUGAAGUAUUGCAAUUUUCGGAAAGGAUUUUUACAAAACAAUCAUCUGCCCCAUUCCAAGGACUAUUAUCAAAGUUGAUUAUUUAUAAUAAACAACAGGAAAAGAAUUUAUAUGAUUAUAUAACUAGUGCUUGUACAAUUCCAAAAUAGUUGAUGGUAUAUAUAUAGAUUAUAUGGAACUGAUUACAUUCAUUUAGAAGCUUAGCUAAUUGAUUAACAUUAUGUUGUUAGAGGAUGGAUUAAAAUAGAUUUUAGUAAGAUUUUAUAUCUGCUUAAAUGUAGAUAUUAAGAAUGACAAUUAAUAAGUAAUAUUAAAAUGGAAACGGAAAUAACGGAGAUAAAACUUUAUUUCUAAGAUACAAUAUUAAUUUAAAUAUUUAGAAUUUAAAUUCUAUUCUAAUCUAGACUAUCAUUAUCAAUAUCCAUAGAAGUUUGAAUAUGAUGGUUCAUUUUUAAACUCCUAUAAAUUCUUAUAACUUAAUAGUGAAAGAACAUAAACUACACUAUGGUUUGAUUUACAAAGUGAGCCUACAACUCAUAAUUAUAAGUUUGACUCAGAUAGAAACUAGUUUUCAAACACAUUAAAUUAUAUGUAUAUUGGAGGAGAUAAAUUUACUUUAUCUCCUUAUUUUGAAGGAUCAUUAGCCUAUUUAGAAUUCUUGACUGGAUUUGAUUAAGAUUUUAAUAUUCAAGACUACCAACAAUGCCAUAAUUCAUGCAAAUCAUGCGAUGGGCCAGAAUCUAAAGAAUGUACAUGUUGUUCUGCAUUUUCAUUCUGA